AUGCGCGCGAAAUUGUCUGUGGUUAGGAAAAGAUUACAGCGCCGAUUGUCAAUGAAACGGUGAAAUGUGGAAAUAUAAUUCUCGAACGUAAUCGAUACUUCUCGCGAUCAAUAUACAGUUAGUUUGGGAUAAGAAACACAGUGAAAGGAAGCAUUUACCAGGAAAAUAAAAGGUAAAUCUAUAAUUGAUAUUUUUUAGAUGUAUUUGCAUCGUUGAGUUUGCAGUAAGCAUUAUUUAAAGAAAUGAUCACUAAAUCUAUACUUCAAAUAAUAUAUAAUAAUAUUUGUCAUGUAUAAUAUAAAUAGCGUACUACAAGUCUUAUAUUAUUUAGGUUCUAAACAUUCGGUCAAUGAAAUUUGGAUGCGUAGAUAUUUACAUUCAUAAACAUUUCUUAGAACACUUUGUUUUUCGUCCGUUCUAGGUAUUUCCAUUAAAUGAGUUUGGAACGCUAACCUGUUGCGCGAGCGUUAUUCCAUUGUUGAAAGUCGUACUGUUAAGAUGUAUUUUUCUGCGUUGUGAUGUUCAUUAACUAGUGCUUUCGUCGCCAUAUUUUCACCGUCUAUAUCCACGCUGCUGCAUUUAAUCGUAUGCCGUACGUAUUUUAUUUGAUAUUCCUUGUAUUUUACGUUAAUUACUAUUUCAUAAUACAGUCUCUAUGUAUUAUUGCAGAUUUGUUCCAGUGCUCACUUCUUCCAUAGCAUGGGAUUUGAUGACUUACUUUUGAUAAUGAACUUCACGAUGACUCCCUCUAUGCCUUGGAAUGUAUCUUCUUUGCAUCUAAUCGUGAGUCGCAUUUUGCGAUUAGAAAGACUCGAGCCUAGAUGUAAGUUUCAGCAGGCAUUACGCCUGAAGAAAAGAAGAGGCCCGGCAAAGUGCCAUAGAAGAGGGCUGCAACAAAUGGCUUCUCAUUCUUUGAAUGGGAAAUUCAUUCAGAGCAUGGGAAAUCAUUCU